UCCACUGUCUCUCACAAAUGUAUUAAAAGGACAAUUUAUUUCUGAUUACAUUGGCAAUUUGUUGUUAUCUAAUGCUGUGGGCCCUGAAUGCACAUACACAGCUAUCUGAUUUAAAAGUAUCUUGUCAUUGUUGCAGCAGUAAAACUCUGGCAUGCUUGUAAACACAUUCUUGGCCUGGCAGACGUUCCCAUGUGUCAAUGUUUAACAAGUCAGGAUUUUCCAGGCCCAGACACGGUCUACGGGCUAACUGUCACCCAUGGGACUAAUUAGGGAAAAUAUCUGGUCUAACCUUGCCAGAGACAAAACAAGCAUAAGACACCUGUCUCCAAGACAAAUGCGUCUCUACACCUAUCUUGAAAAUGACCGUCCAGAAUGGGUCUGUGAUAUCUGCCAGAGACUGCUCUCAGGCAGCAAAUAGGAGGAACACACUGAGAUGGGACCUGUCUCCAGCUGAGACCAGGACCAUGACAGACAGCUUGAUUAAUAGAGUAAAGAAGGUCUAUGAUGACAUUGGAUCUCUAAAGAUAGAAAAUGUUUCUGUUGAAAACACCCUGAAAGCCUUGGCUAAUGUCAAACUGGAUUAUGCAUCAUCACGCCAUGUUCUUGAUUUCCCCCAGUAUGUUAGUCCUUCCAAAGAGGUUCGGACAGCGAGCACAGAGGCAGAAAAGAAACUGUCUGAGUUUGAUGUGGAGAUAAAUAUGAGGGAAGAUGUGUUCAAGCGAAUUACUGCCUUGCAGAAAAAGGUCCAAGACAACCUUUCGCCUGACGAAAAGAGAUUCUUAGACAGACUUGUUACAUUAGGCAAGCGGAAAGGAUUGCACCUGUCUAAAGAUAUACAAGAGGAAAUAAAAAGAACUUCCAAGCUUAUAAGUGAACUCUCCAUAGAGUUUAACAAGAAUCUGAAUGAGGACAAUACGUUUCUUGUUUUUUCUGAGCAUGAAUUGGGUGGGCUAGCUGAUAGCUAUCUCAAUGGACUGGACAAGACAGCAGAUGGCCGGUAUAAAGUGACACUUGAAUAUCCCCAUUACUACCCCCUGAUGAAGAGGUGUCACAAUCCUGAGACCAGGAGGAAGAUGGAAACAGCUUUUCACAGCAGGUGUAAAGAGGUAAACACAGCGAUCCUUGAACAGUUGAUACAACUGAGGGCAAAGUUCGCAGACUUACUUGGUUAUAGUAGCCAUGCAAACUAUGUGCUGGAGAUUAACAUGGCCAAGAAUGCAAGCAAUGUGUCUGACUUUUUAGAUACAUUCUAUGAAACAUUGAAGCCUGUUGGAAUCAAGGAGAGGAAAUACAUUCUUGCACUAAAGAAGAGGGAGUGCUUGAUGCAGGGCUACCAGUUUGAUGGACAGAUCAACGCCUGGGACUUACCCUACUACAUGAAUCAAGUGGAGCAGUGCAAGUUUGCUGUGAACAAGGACAAACUAAUUGAGUAUUUCCCGCUUGAUGUGGUGACAGAAGGACUGUUUGGUAUCUACCAGGAGCUGCUGGGUCUCACAUUCACAGAGGUGGAACGUGCUCAUGUGUGGCAUACAAAUGUCAAGCUUUAUUCAGCCCAGGACACUGACACAGGAGAGGAGAUUGGCCAGUUCUACAUGGACUUGCAUCCACGGGAAGGAAAGUAUGGCCAUGCAGCCUGCUUUGGGCUCCUACCUGGCUGCAUCGGACCUGAUGGAAAACGCAGGCUUCCAGUGGCGGCCAUGGUGGCCAACUUUACCAAGCCCAGAAAAGGUUGGCCCUCUCUCCUCCAGCACCAUGAAGUGGAAACUUAUUUUCACGAGUUUGGUCAUGUUAUGCACGAGCUCUGUUCUAAGACCGCUUUUUCAGAAUUCAGUGGAACCCUGGUGGAGACAGACUUUGUGGAGGUGCCUUCGCAGAUGCUUGAGAACUGGGUUUGGGAGAAGGAGCCUCUGAGAAGAAUGUCUCGCCACUACAAGGAUGGCACCCCAAUCCCAGACAACCUGCUCGACAAACUGAUUGCAUCCAGAGUAGCCAACACUGGUCAGACACUUAUUUUCACAAAAGUAAAACUCUAUAACAUGUAUGCAGAAAUCAUGAGUCUCUGUGGAUGUGUUUGUUUAUCCUCUUCAGGACUGAUGAACCUGCGUCAGGUAGUCCUCAGUAAAGUGGACCAGUCGCUACACACCAGCUCUCAUGCAGAUACAACUGAGGUGUUCGCAAAGCACUGCCAGGACAUCCUGGGUGUUCCUGCCACACCAGGUACUAAUAUGACAGCCAGUUUCAGCCACUUGGCUGGAGGAUAUGAUGGUCAGUACUAUAGCUAUCUGUGGAGUGAAGUCUACUCCAUGGACAUGUUUUUCAAUCGUUUUAAAAAGCAAGGCAUUAUGAAUCCAAAGGUUGGAAAAGAGUACAGAAGGAUGAUUCUGGAAGCAGGUGGCUCUGUGGAUGGCAUGGACAUGCUGGAAACCUUCCUCGGACGUGGACCGUGCCAGGAUGCCUUCUUUCAGUGCAAAGGACUGAUUAAGUCGCAGGAAACAAAUGUUGUAAUUUGACAUAGAAUUAAGAUUUCUUUUUUUUAAUCAGAGCAAGCUAUAGUUUUAAGUUUUCUGGAUGCAGUGUCACGUCAGUAGAAAAAUGGCUUUGAAGUGUAUUGUUUCUGUGUUUAAAUUUUUCUACUUGAUGAUAUCUACCUGUUGGCAUUUGUUCAAAUGUACAGUAGAUCAUGGAGGUGUUAUGUGGGUGUCACGCUUGGAAACAGGCAACACGAAGGAAUAGGAACCAAACGCAGACUUUGAGGCAGAUACGGUUCAGUAAUUUAUUAGGGAAGAAAGGCUUAGAUGGGUAGUCAGGCAGGAAGGCAGAGAUUUAAAAAAAGAACACCAGGAGAGCAGUCCAAAUAGGCAAAUGACUCCAAGAGGGAGCAGACAAAAUCCGAAACACACACAAUAAGUCCAUGAACAAACUUGCUUGCAAGCAUGCUUGACACCAGGUACAAUGAUGAUCUGAAACUGAACAAAGGAAACACACAGACUUAAAUACACUCAGGGAGGGGAGACAACAAGACACAGGUGAAACUGAUCAGGGCAAUCAAAACUGACAGGAAGGGUAAGACAGGAAGCAAAACUACAUGAGGGAAGGAGAAUAUUUCAAAAUAAAACAGGAAAUAGCUGUAUUCAGGUUAUUGUGAUAAGAUGUCUCCAGAGCUCUCUUCUCAAGAACAGAAUUAGGAAAGUGUUCAUUACAUAGACUGCAGCAGGUUCAUUAUCACAAUGUGGAGGGGAAAAGUUAUAUAUACACCAGGGGGCGCCACAAGAUAGCAAAUGCUGGUGUGUGAAUUUAACAUGGUAAAUUAAAAAUGAAUGUUAUCUUUGGCAUUACACUGUCUGUGAUGAGAAUGACCAUUUCCUUUAUUUAAAUAAAAUCCCCAUUCGUGUACUUUUGACUGCCAUGGAUGGUGAAACUAUUGUAAUUAGUGCUAACACCUUUAUGUAUUAAUAAAAUGCCUUGUCUUUG